AACAAAAAAAUGGCUUCCCCUACAAACCAAAUUACCUAUGAUAACAAGCCCUCCAUUGACGAAGAAGAUGGAGGAGUCGAAUAUGCAGGUGCAUUGGUCAGCUCUUUCAUCUUCCCAAUGGUGUUUAAUGCAUGCAUAGAGCUCGACGUGCUUGAGAUCAUUAACAAAGCAGGCCGAGGCGCCCAACUCUCGUCCCAUGCCAUUGCUGCUCAGCUUCCAAUUCGCAAUAAUAAUCCAGAUCAUGCGCCGGCUGUUUUGCUGGACCGCAUGUUGUAUCUACUUGCUAGCUACAAUAUCCUCACUUGCUCUGUGGAGAGCCUCGAAGAUUGUGGAGGAGUUCAGAGACGUUAUGGUCUCACUUCUGCUGGGAGUUGCUUUUUGAGAAGCGAGGAGAGAGGAUCCAUGGCUCCCUUUUCUCUCCUCACUCGUCACCAGGCUAUUAUGGACAUGCGGUUUCACUUGAAGGAUGCAGUGCUUGAAGGUGGGUUCCCAUUUGAGAAAGCUCAUGGAAUGUCGAUCUACAAGUACAACGACAAAGAUCCUAUAUUUGGAGAGGCUUUCAAUUUCGCCAUGAGUCAAUACUCCAUCCUUGUGGUCAAACAAAUUCUCAAGAAAUACAUGGGUUUUGAGGGCUUGUCAACGUUUGUAGAUGUUGGUGGUGGAAUAGGAGGGACCCUAAACUUGAUCAUCUCCAAGUACCCUUCCAUUAAAGGCAUUAACUUUGAUGUGCCUGAAGUAUUGCGCAAUGCCCCACCUCUUAAUGGCAUAGAACAUGUCAGAGGAGAUAUGUUCAAAGAAGUCCCAAAGGGAGAUGCCAUAUUGUUGAAGCUUAUUCUUCACAAUUGGAACGAUGAUCAAUGCUUGAAAAUACUGAAAAAUUGCUACAAAGCCCUGCCGGAAACCGGAAAGGUAAUUAUCAUCGAUCCAGUGUUGCCUGUAGCCCCAGAGGCAACCAACUUCUGCAAGUUUGCAACACAAAGUGACAAUAUAGUAUUCAAUAUGCUUGGAGCUGGAAAGGAGAGAACAGAGCCCGAGUUCAGGUCAUUGGCAACAGCAGCUGGAUUUAAAGACUUCCGAGUUGCAUGCUGUGUUUGUGCCUAUUUGGUCAUGGAGCUCCACAAAUAAUACUAAUAAAAAGAGUCACACUCCAAAUAAAAAGCCAUCUCAUAAAAAUAUCCAAUAAACUGACGUGGCAGUAUACCGCCUUAUAAUUUGUAGAUACUUGAGUUGGUCCACCUUAUUUUUUAUGGUUUUUAGUCAUCAAUGUGUAUGAAAUACUACAUCUUGGAGAGGGAAUUCAUGCCAAAGUUAGUUAA